AUGCCUACAUCUGUCAUUUUUAUGGUUGGCCUCUUCUUGGCAGAUAGGACAUGCGCAAAGAGAUUCCAUUAUGGUGUUAUGAUCGAUGCAGGAAGUUCCGGUACACGAGUCAGAGUGUAUUCAUGGCCUGAGCGAAGAUCAACUUUCUCAACAUUUAACAUAACUGAAGUAUUCUCUCAGAAAUUAAAACCACCAUUGAGUUCAUUUCAGGAUAGAUUAGAUUCAGUUCCGGAAUAUAUGCAUAAUUUGACCUCAAUCGCCGAAUCAAAAGUUCCAUCUCAUUUUCAUAACAGAAGUCAUCUGUAUCUACUUGCAACUGCAGGUCUUCGAUUUCUAAAAGAGGAAAAAGCAAAGAACCUGAUGAAUACAGUAAGACGUGUGUUGUCUGACAGAAGAAUCAACGAAUUCAUUUAUAGCGAAAGAAGCGUUCGAAUUCUCUCUGGUGAAGAGGAAGGCGUGUUCGCUUGGAUUACGGCUAAUUCUCACAAUGGAUUCUUCUCCGCUAACAAAUCUCUGACGAAAGGUUUCGGUGUCCUAGAAAUGGGAGGCGGAUCCACUCAAAUCACUUUUCUACCAGAAGGACCUCUCUUAGCUCACAUGUUUACACUCCGAAUAGCAGGGCGAAUAUACAAUCUCUACUCGCACAGUUAUUUAAAUUUUGGAAUGAAUUAUAUGUAUAGAAGAAUAAACAAGUAUCUUAUCCAUCAAAGUUCACAGGACACGAGGAUCAACAAUCCGUGUGCAUUGAUAAAUGACAAUUACGCAUACGACACUGGAGACAAAACAGUGACAUUCCGGGGAUCUGGUUCUCCCUCUGAGUGUUUCAGUAUUAUAUCUAGCUUUCUGAAGGAGGCUCACAACACUUGUUACCCAAAGCCGUGUGCAAUAGGUUCUAUCUAUCAACCCUCUUUGGGUUCCAACAAAUUCUACGCCAUUGAAGCUUAUGCUUAUGUAGCAGCUACUUUAAAUGCUUCAGACUCUUCAGGGAGACUUGAUAUCGAAAAACUUAACAAAACGGCAUACGUGUAUUGUACUAAGACUUUGGACUAUGUAGUAUCUGCUUACAAAGUAACGACAGAGUACGCAUCAGUCACCUGUAUGAUGGGGCUUUACAUAACAGAGUUGUUCACCUUCUCUUACGGGUUUCCGGUGAACACUGAUAGGAUCUAUUCUGUUUUAAAGAUUAAUGGAAAACCACUCGACUGGACAUUUGGUGCGGUACUGUACGAGAAUGAACUGAUGGCUAAGGACUAUCCCUGUGCCCCAAUACCCUUCCUGUCCAGUGCAGGAGUAUCAAAACAAAUCCAAAAACUAAGUUUUUUGGAGUGGCUUCUCAUCCUUUCUCUGUUUUCUUUUCAUAUUUUUAUUUGACAGAUUCUAACACCAAUGUUUUAUACGUGUUCUUUGUGAUUUUCUAUGUACAGUAACUACAUGUGAGUAUGCCCUACAGUCGAUUGUUACUUACGUGAAUUAAUUUAUUUAUUUACAUGUAUAUAUGUGUGUAUAUCUGUUGUAAUGCCUAGGCAAUAAAUAAAUGAAA